CUAGCAGCUCCACGUUGGGGUGUUGUGAUCAACUUCGCCUUCCACACCCUUUGUUUGGGGUACCCGAUUGGGUUAGAGCGUUUAUUCCAACAAUUUCACCAAGUCGACUCGCAACUUGCUCCUGUGAAAAAUCUGCUCAAGCAGGGACCGCGGAGGGGGAGGGACUGGUGGGGCUAUAGCCCUACCAAUUUUACUGCUGGGAUUUAUUUUUUAGGGCUCCAGCUGAGAUGGACAGCAUAAGGACUUUAGUACUUGAAAAUAAUAAAACGCGUCUACUACUCUUACACAUUUGCCUCAAGUCAAAGGCUCGGUAAAGCUGUUCAAGAUAAAUGGCGAAUACUUCCUCAGCGUUUGCUUGUAUUGGCCAGAUUUUUUAGCCCUACCACUUUAAAAUGGUCGACCUCCGCGGUUCCUGUCAAGUGCUUCAUUUCAUUCUGCUUAUGAUGGAGCAAACUCUGAAUAAGUCAGAAGCCCAAAUAAGUUUCCAUUUCCAUAAUCUUUACCUUCAUUCUCCCCCCAUCAAUUCAACGGGACAAAUCGUCUUUUUUUCAGGGGCUUGUUGAAUAAUGGGCGAGUGGGUUUUCUAAGGAACUUUGGGCUCGACCUGAAAAUUGUUAGACGUACGUUGCGUCGUCUCUCAUCAUCCUUUCUCAUCAUCCUUUUCCCGUUUUAUCUUGGACGAUUUUUAUCAACAUGCGAAGAAACUAUUACAUUGCUCUUGCUUCCUUCCAUGAGAAGAUUUAGCGCUGAAGUUUAAAACUUUCCUCAGCUAAAGGAUUCGUUGUCUACUUGAGGCUUAAGCAUCGAAAGAAGUCGCGAUGACGUCACAGUAGACGAUCAUCAAUGGGGCAAUCAAAUGUCGCGAAAAAUACCUCUUGUGGCCAUGUGCCCUGGACUGUUAAAAGGAUUGUUGAAGGUGAAAAUGUUACGAUCACUUGGAAGCGCAACACUCUUGACUCCACAAGAAAGUUUAGAGGCUAUCGCAUCUUCCAUUUUUCAGAAUUGAUUGGGGUAAUGGAGCGACCAUCAACAUGCAUAUCCUGUGAUCCAACAUGGAAAACACAUUUAAAGAAAUUUUGCCUUGAAGCAAAAUUUUUCUGUAACAGCACUCAUAUCUCUAUGGAGAUACCACCUCAACGAAAGGAUCAUGUUAAUUAUACAGAUUGCUACACUCUAAAACACUUAUUUAGUUGGUAUAAGAAUGAUGUCUCCGACAAAAGAAGGCUUCGUGUAACCAUAGAAAAAGUGAAAGCAAGAGCUCACAGCACUUCUGAACCAACAAAUUCAGUUGUUGGCUUGACAGUAAAUAUUUCAUCUCCAAGUGAUCAAAAUACACCACCCACAGUUGUCGGCUCUACACUAAGUAUUUCAUCUCAAAGUGAUCAAAAUACACCACCAACAGGAACAGAUGUUUCAGAUAAUCAAGCUGUGACAAUUGUUGUUUCCAUAAUUGCUGUAUUAGCUGCAAUAAUCGGGAUCAUUGGAUGUGUGGUUCGUUUAUAUCAAAAGUGGCACCAAAAUGGUGAUACAGGACCUGAUGAGUCUUCUUCUGAUAUUUUCAUUGCUGGAAAUCCAUGAACCCAAUGAGGGAAAAUGAGGCUUUGUGUAGAGACAAUGUACUUGGGCUUUCUAGCUUUUGAAUUCAUACUUUUCAAAGAUCAAGUAGGUGUUUAUUUUGGGUUAUCUAUGGAAGGAGAAUUCAUUUUUUAAUGUUCUUCCACUUUGCAUUUAUCUGGUGAACAGAAGCAGAAGGGGAAAUGAUACAUGUGAUUUAAGAUGAAAUGGGCCAUUUCAUAUAUUAUCUCAAAAAUUAUUUAACUUGCAUGCAAAGGGAAGAAAGAGAGAGAAAAUACUUUCCAAUGCAUCAGUGCAUUGAGGAUUUUACUUCUACUUUGGCGGUAAAUAUUCAACUUUAAGUUAGCAGUAAUCUGAACAGCAAACAAUAAUAUUUUAGUACUGCUUUAAUCUUAACCAAAAGAAAUUUAUAUUUUAGCUGAAAGUCACGAUUAAAAUUCAGGCAGGUGCUAUAUAAACCUUGGUUUAUGCUGAGACUCAUACGGUCCUUAAACAUUGUACUAAUAAAAACUUGUGUAAAAACUGGCUUGGGUAAUUCAGUUUGCACUUGACACGAACUCUCCAAACUUGAACAAAAUUUGGUUGAAAUAUGAGACCUAAGCAGUGGUUUGUUUGUGUUUACUACCACAGAAGGCCCAUUAUUAUAUUGUUAAUGUCAAUUUUAAUAUUUAUUUUUAUUGGCUUUGCCAAUAGUGAGAAAUAGUGAGUGAAUAUUCAUAGGAGAGAAUUUAAUUAGCUUUUGUCUGCAAAAAUGCUAAAAAGUGCAUCAAAAAUAAAUGUAUCAUUUGGCAGUAAUCCUAUUUUAAUAAAUUUUAAGGAAAUAUAGGAGGAUUUCAUGUAAUAUAGGUUCUUUAUAGGAUCCUAUAUAUACAAAUUAUAGGAUAUGUAAGAGGUCUGGGAUGACUGGAUUUCUUCAGAGAGAAGAUAAAUGCUCCUUUUGCAAGUCUGAAUCAGAAACCUUGAGUCAUCUUCUUUUUGAUUGCAUAAAAACAAAAAGUUUUUGGAGAGAUUUUGAAUCUUAUUUUUAGUGACUUUCAAAAAAAUUUGUACAUCUUACCUUGAAAGAUGUUAUUGUAGGUAUUAUAAUCACGAAAUGCCCUUUACUUAAUUACUUAUUACUAAUAGCUAAUUAAGAUAUAAUUACGGGAUUGCAGAAGAACUCAAAUAUUAGCCAAUAUAACUGGCUUCAAAUUAAAAGUUAAAAAUAAGUUUGAAACAGAAAAAUAUGUGUAUGAAGAAUAAUACUUUAGAUAAAUUUAAUAAAAAGUGGCUAAUGAAAUGGUAACUGGUUAAGCUAAUUGCAAUACUAGAAGUAGUAAUAUCUGUGUUAGUACUUUAUAGUAUAGUGUAUUAUAACACUGUAAAACUAGUAACAGUGGCGUUUAGUAGUAAUAGUAGUAAUAGUAGAAUCUAAUAAUAGUGGAGUAAGCUUUGAACUGUUUUGUAAGUAGUGUAAACCGUUGUUAUACUAUAAAUAAUGUGAGUAGUCAUAUAAUGUACUGUAAGUAAUGUAAGUGACUGUAUUUGUAUUUUGUAAGGUAAUGUGAAUAAAAAAAAAGAAAAAAA